AUGGCGCGGGGCAAGGUGCAGCUGCGGCGCAUCGAGAACCCGGUGCACCGGCAGGUGACCUUCUGCAAACGCCGCGCCGGGCUGCUCAAGAAGGCCCGGGAGCUCUCCGUCCUCUGCGACGCCCACAUCGGCAUCAUCAUCUUCUCCGCGCACGGCAAGCUCUACGACCUCGCCACCACCGGGACCAUGGAAGAGCUGAUCGAGAGGUACAAGACUGCCAGCGGAGAAGCUGCCGACGGCUCCGGCGACAACAGAAUGGACCCAAAACAAGAAACCAUGGUGCUGCAGCAGGAAAUCAAUCUGCUCCAGAAAGGACUCAGGUACAUCUACGGGAACAGGGCAAAUGAACACAUGAAUGUUGAAGAACUGAAUGCCCUAGAGAAGUACUUGGAGAUAUGGAUGUACAACAUCCGCUCUGCAAAGAUGCAGAUAAUGAUUCAAGAGAUACAAGCACUGAAAAGAAAGGAAGGUAUGUUGAAAGUUGCUAACGAAAUUCUCCAGGAAAAGAUUGUAGAACAGAGUAGUUUGCUUGACGUAGGCAUGGUGGUAGCAGAUCAACAGAAUGGGCAUUUUAGUACAGUCCCACUGAUAGAGGAGAUCACUAACCCACUGACUAUACUGAGUGGCUAUUCUAACUGUAGGGGCUCAGAGCUGGGCUAUUCCUUCUGA